CUUUAUCUCCUUCCUAGCGAAAGUCUAUAAGGGAAGAGAAAAAAUAAUCAGCUGUUCUCAAAGUAUCAAACCAUGGCAAGAGGUUCCUCGCAGUCGCAGCCCACCACUUCCUCCUCCACAUCUCGUCCGGGAACCAUGGCUCCUCGUGGCUCCGCUGCUGCUGCAGCCGGUAUGCGUCGCCGCAAGCUUGUCGGAGGCUCCUCUUCCACUUCCGCAUCUGGAUCAAUUGGCUCCGGUUCCGGAAGCAACAUGCUCCGAUUUUACACCGACGAUGCUCCAGGCUUGAAGAUCUCCCCUACCGUCGUGCUCGUCAUGAGCCUUUGCUUCAUAGGCUUUGUCACGGCUCUCCACGUCUUCGGCAAGCUGUAUCGCGCCAAAGCCGGGGCUGGACCGUGAAUGUGUAUCAUGACCCGGUC